AUGCUUCGCACAACUUUCGCCAAGACGGCGGCACUCCGUCCCAUCCGCACCGCCGCCUUCUCCACGACCGCGCGCGCCAUGGCCGAGGGCGACACCGGCGCUCCCCCUCGUACCGGCGGCCAAGGUGACGCCUUCCAGCGCCGCGAGCGCGCCUCCGAGGACUACGCCAUCCGCCAGCGCGAGAAGGAGAAGCUCCUCGAGCUCAAGCAGAGGCUCGCCGAGCAGCAGGAGCACCUCCAGCGCCUGUCUGAGCACAUCGACGAGAUUACCAAGAAUCAGGGUGGCGAGAAGAACUAA